ACUUGCAUGUGCAUCCUCUGCUUUUUCUCCCCCCAUUCCUCUCCACCUGGUACUCGUCCACUCUCCUUGCCCUCUCACAAUCGCUUUGCUUGUCCUGGUUGCCAUCACCACGCUCACUUGAUCGAGAGGAAACGGUUGCUGGUCGUCAGGGUUGGAACGUUGAAACGCAACUGAAACAGCUUGGUCCCAAAUUUUCUUGGUGGGAAGAGCAGUUCGACACGCCCUUUCUGGAAGGAUCUACGACUCUCACGAGGGUCAGCAUCAGUACUUCACGACCUCCUUCCUUUCUGCAACACCCUACAGCACACCUCGCGCAUCGUCCCUUCCUCCCGUAGCCAUGUGGCCCUCCGCCGCCACCCCCCUCCUACCCCUCCUCUUCCUCGCCGCUCUCCCCGCCGGCGUCCUCGCUGGAGACGUCCUCGAGACGACUGGGUUCUCGCAAUGUGUUAGCGAUCCCCAGGUUCAGGUCACGGCCUUUAAUGUCCAAUACAACAAAAACACCCGCAACCUGGUCUUCGACCUGGCCGGCACGAGCAAGGUUGCCCAAAAGGUGACGGCGGAACUGGUUGUCUCUGCAUACGGCAAGCAGAUCUACACAAGAUCCUUCGACCCUUGCUCUCUCGGCCUGUCCGAGAUCUGUCCAGUCCCCGCCGGCACUUUCUCCACUAACGGCGAACUCCCCAUUCCCUCCCAAUACGCCUCCGAGAUCCCCGCCAUCGCCUUCUCCGUCCCAGAUCUCGCUGGCAAUGUCAAGAUGGAGCUCAAAAACAGUGAUGGACAGGCUGUGGGGUGUAUCGAGUCGACCGUGGGCAAUGGCAGCACCUUGCAAAUGCCCGUCAUCUCCUACGUCGCUGGCGGCAUUGCUCUUGCCGCCUUGGUCUUUUCCGGAAUCGCAUCCAUCGCGGCUGGCGGCCAUCCUGGCGCCUCUACUGCUUCUCCCACAUUUGGCGAGGUGGUGGGCCACUUCCAGGGUGUGGCGAUGACCGGCAUGUUGAGCGUCAACUAUCCCCAGGUCUACCGAAGCUUCACCACCAACUUUGCCUUCUCCACCGGCCUCAUCUCGUGGGGCGGUCUGCAGAACAGCAUCGACAGCUUCCGCAAGCAUACCGGUGGCAAUCUGACCGAUGACAACUACCCAUAUCUCAAGAACCAGGCGACGCUCGUCUACAACGACGGUACCACCAACACCUCGUCUUCGAGCUCAUCUAGCUUUCUGCGACGUGGUCUCGACUCGGCUCUACACCUUGCCGCCCGUCAAAGCGUCCAUGUCAAUGACAAUGGCACCUCAACGUCCAUAGGCUCAGGUUCCAGCAGCUCGUCCUCUAGCAGUGGCACCACUAAGCAGUCGCAUCUCGUUUCUGGCAUCGAAGGGUACGCGGAAGCACUGUCUAUUCCUCAGGCGAAUACUUUCAUGACCAUCCUCUUGGUGUGGGCCAUCAUUGUCGCCGCCAUCAUCGUUGGAAUCUUGCUUUUCAAGGUCAUCCUGGAAGCCUGGGGUUUGUGCGGCAAACUUCCCAAGUCUCUCGAAUCCUGGCGCAAACGGUACUGGUGGCGCAUGGCCAAGGCCAUUGUCAACCUCAUUCUCAUCCUCUACGGUGCCUGGACGCUCUGGAGUAUCUAUCAGUUCACGGCGGGCGAUUCGUGGGCCGCUCAAGUACUUGCCGGAGUCACUUGGGGUGUCUUCACCCUCACCCUCGCAUUCUUCACCUGGAGAAUCUGGCGCAAGGCCCAGUAUUUCAAGAAGCUGGAAGGCGACACGAGCGGCUUGUACGAGGACAAGGAGACUUGGGUCAAGUACAGCCUGUUCUACGACAACUUCCAGAAGAAGUACUGGCUGUUCUUCGUCCCGGUCAUCGUCUACAUGUUCGCGCGAGGCUGCGUCAUUGCCGGCGCGAACGGCCACGGCACGGUGCAAGUGGGCGGCCAGCUGAUCGUCGAAGCGGUGUUCCUGAUUCUCCUGCUCUGGACCCGACCAUAUCAACGCAAGAGCGGCAAAUGGAUCAACAUUGUCAUCCAUGUGGUCCGUGUGGUCUCCGUCGCCUGCAUCUUGGUGUUUGUGGAGGAGCUCGGCAUUGCCCAGACCACCCAGACCAUCGUCGGUGUCAUCUUGAUUGUCGUGCAGGCUGUGCUGACGGUCGUGCUUGCCAUCUUGAUCGCGGUCAAUGCACUGAUCACCUGCAUCAAGGAGAACCCGCACAGGAGAGCACGCAAGGAGGCGGAGAAGGCGAACAUGAACCGCGAUUUCGACAACCUCACCCCUCUGGACCCACGCAAUUCCAUGCUCAUGGAGCCGAUGGCGCAGCACGACACAUCGUACAAGCCCGGCUUUGAGACUUCAUACAAGCCCUCCUUCGUCCCCAGCCCGGUGUUCGGUGACGGAAAAGGACGCUACGACCCCGUGCCAGCGCGCGAGGGCACGCCGGCUUCUUCGGUCCGCAAGUCGCGCUUUGAUGAGCACGCCAACCUAGUCUCCGGCGCCGCAAGCAUGGGCAUGCGAGACCGCAGCACGAGUCAGCGGGGGAUGAGCCCGCCCCGCCAGCAACCUCGUCUACCAGACGUUGAUUUUGGCUAUGUCGAUCGGAGAUAAUGAUCACGUGUUUGGAAUGUUUUGGUGUACAGUGAUUUGACAGCAUCAGCGAGGGAACGGUGGGUGGGGAUUAAAAAUCUGUUACGAUAUCAACACAAUGUGUGGCUCACGCCUAUGCGCAUGGUGCUGCAACGAGUUUAGAAUUAUGUACGACGGCAUAACGAUUUGAUAGAAGACUGUCCUUUUCC